GUAGCUUACUCCUCUCUGUUUGCGAGCUGCUGCAGCGGCCCCAGCCGGCUCACAUACACGGUGACUUCAGCUUGAGCGAGUAUUCUCAUUGGUUUCUCAAUUCCCAAGGACUUUUUUUCUAAACGGGAAUUACAAGGCGAGUCUGCCGUUGCUUUGGCAACAAACUUUCAACCUCUCCCCAACUCGCCCGAAUGAGAACAUAUCUAUUAAUACAUUCGAUAGACUGGGGAGUUGAGUUGCUCAAUGCAAAUUUUCUUCCAAGUGCAAAACAGCUUACCCGGCUUGGCUCGCCAUUGGCGGCGCUACCAUUAGAGGCCAGCAAAGCCGAGAGCGGAGGUCUCCUGAAUCUGCUGGCGGAAAAGUGAAAGUAUUUCCGCAACAGGUGGCGGCUGCUGCAGAACCUGCGCUUGUGAGAAGGGAUGGCAGUUGUGCGCAGAAAACUCUUGCAAAGCAGGCAAGUGAGGUGUCUUCUCCUUCUUCUGUGUGUGUCGGUGGGGGGUGCGGCAACCAUCCGCUAUUCGGUGGCGGAGGAGAUGGAGAGCGGUUCGUUUGUGGCUAAUGUGGCUAAAGACCUGGGGCUGGAGGUAGGGAAGCUGGCUGCCCGCGGGGCGCGGCUUGUCUCCGAGGGCAGCAAACUGCAUUUCCGGCUCCACCGCAAGACGGGGGAUCUGUUCGUGAAGGAGAAACUGGAUCGGGAGUCACUUUGUGGCAAAGCCGACCCGUGUGUUCUGCACUUUGAAAUAGUCCUGGUGGAGCCCCUGCAGUCCUUUCGCGCCGAGGUCAGGGUAUUUGAUAUCAAUGACAAUGCCCCGAUUUUCCUAAACAAGGAGCCUCUUUUAAAGAUUCCAGAGAGCACUCCCCUGGGUUCACGUUUUCCUCUACAGAGCGCCCAGGAUCUGGACGUGGGCCUCAACGGUCUCCAAAACUACACCUUGAGCGCCAAUGCGUAUUUCCACCUGCACACCCGCUUCCGAAGCCACGGGCCCAAAUACGCCGAGCUGGUGCUGGAUAAACCCCUGGACAGAGAGGAACAGGCUGAGGUCAACUUGACAAUCACUGCUGUGGACGGCGGGUCCCCGCCCAAGUCUGGCACCGCCCACAUCCGGGUGGAGGUUCUAGACGUCAAUGACCACGUGCCUCAGUUCUCGCGACUGGUGUACCGCGCUCAGGUACCAGAAAAUAGCGCCAAUGGUUCUUUGGUGGCCGUGGUGACUGCCACGGACCUAGACGAGGGCUCCAACAAAGAGAUAACUUACUCUUUAGCUCAGAACACAGAAGCAAUUCUCCAGACGUUCCAGAUUGACCCUCAAACUGGAGAGGUUCGACUACGAGGGCCCCUAGAUUUUGAAGCUAUUGAAACAUACGACAUUGACAUUCAAGCCACAGACGGAGGAGGCCUCUCUGCCCACAGCAAAGUCCUGGUGGAAGUAGUGGAUGUGAAUGACAAUCCUCCUGAAGUGACGGUUUCCUCUGUGUCCAGCCCUCUCCCUGAGGACUCCCCACUACAGACUGUAGUGGCCCUUUUCUCUAUCCGAGACCGGGACAUUCGAGUGGGAGGAAAACUCACUUGCUUCCUAAGAGAAGACCUUCCUUUUGCAGUCAAACCUACAUUCCGGAAUUCUUACUCGCUGGUUACUGACAGAGGCUUGGAUCGAGAGGAGGUCUCAGGCUAUAAUAUCACCCUUGUUGCCGUGGAUACUGGACCACCCAGUCUGUCCACGGAGACUGUGAUAGAGGUGCUAAUAUCUGACAUUAAUGAUAAUCCCCCAGUAUUUCAGGAAGACUCCUACAUCUUGACUGUUCGAGAAAACAACAGCCCUGCGGUUUUUAUUGGCAAAGUUCAUGCUGAGGAUUUAGAUUUGGGGGAGAAUGCCCAAGUAACAUAUUCUUUGCUGCCUCCAAAGAGUGGAGAUCUAUCAGUCUUCGCUUACAUCUCCAUAAAUUCAGACAAUGGGAAGCUCUAUGCGCUGAGAACCAUGGAUUAUGAGGCCAUUCAAGAUUUUCAGUUUGUGGUAAAGGCAACUGAUGGGGGCUUCCUGUCACUGAGUAGCCAGGUGACUGUCAGAGUGAUUGUCCUGGAUGACAAUGACAACUGCCCAAUGAUCUUGUACCCUCUGCAGAAUGGCUCCUUGCCUUGCAAUGACCUGGUGCCCAGGUCUGCAGAGGCAGGCUACCUGGUGACCAAGGUGGUGGCUGUGGAUGGUGACUCGGGUCAGAAUUCUUGGCUUUCAUAUCAUCUACUUAAGGCCACUGACCCUGGGUUAUUCUCUGUUCAACAACAAAAUGGGGAAAUCCGUACAUUGCGGCAGGUAUCUGAGAGAGACCCCAUGAUGCAGAAACUGGUCAUUCUUGUUCAGGAUCACGGCCAACCAGCUCUUUCCACUACUGCCUCACUCAACAUCUUGCUGGUAGAUGGCUUUUCUGAGCCCUAUCUGCAGUUCCGGGAUUCAUCCAAGCAGUCUGCAAGGGUAAAUCCAUCCACUAAAUAUUUGGUCAUUUCUCUGGCUGUGCUUUCCUUUCUCUUUCUGCUCUCUGUCACAGUGAUCUUUGUUAUACACAUCUACCAGAAGAUUAAAUGCAGGGAAAAGUUCACAAUUCAAGAGCAUUUCUAUGAUGACUGUAAUUUCCCUAACAACCUGAUGCAAGGAGGAGCCAAUGGAUCCUUAUCCCGGCCUUGUCCCUAUGAAAUGUGCUCGGCCACUGGCACUGGCAAUAGUGAGUUCCGGUUUCUUAAGCGCCUUAUGCCCAACUUCCCCUUCCCUCAUGGGACUGGUGAGGUAAAAACAGAGGCUGGCUCCAGUUUACCACCAGAUUCUGAUAGCAAUAGGUCUCGCGGGUCAGAAGGCCAUGGUCGAGUAUCUGGUGACUAUAUGUAGCUCAUAUUUAUGUUUCCCCUGGAAGUUCAUUAGUCCUGGCCCUGAAAAUGCUUAGUUCCAUAGAGAUAUCCUGUUAUUUUGCUUUUAAAUUAUUUUCUAGUAGAAAGUUAUGCAUGCACGAGGAAGAGAACUAGCUUCUAGUUUUGUUAUAUCAGGAAGCAAUUAGGUUUGAGAAGCAGAAAUAUAGUUUAUCAUUACUCAGAAAUUUCUAGUUUUUUGUCCCUUGAUGAGUGGCAAUUGUCUUUUAAUCAACAUCUUGCGUGCCAUCAUUCAUAAUCACACAAAUGCCUGGUAAAUGGUGGUCUUCAUCGAUAAUUAGGUAGGAGGAAAGGAAAAGAAAGGUUUUGACCUGUUUGCAAAUGAGUAAGAACAGAUAUAAGGCUAAAGAGAUUCACUUCAAGAAUGUUCUCUAAAAUUAAGUUAGAUGUAGAUUUCUUAAAGGUUCUUUGGGGCCUUAUGGAAGUUUCAAAUAUCUCUUUAUACACAGAAGUCUAUCCCAUUCCUUAUCAGAGAGCAGUUAUUUGAAUGUGGGGAAUAAAAGGUGGAUGAGGAAAACAUAAAUUAAGCCUGUUGUAGUUGACAAGUGCUAUUGAACAACAACAAAAUAAUAAAUAUAUUAAAGGAAAAAGAGUUCAUUAAUACCAAUUAAGUGGCCUUAGGAAAAAAUACAUUUUUGAAUAUUACCAGAUUUGAUUUAAGCCAUUUUCCCCUCUGAGCAUUCUGAAGUGAUGACAUGGAAACUGAGAAAAAAGAGGUAUUUCCUAGAAAAUCAUUCAUAAAAUGCAGUGGAGUAGGAAAUCAAGUUGGGCUUCUUUUUGAUCAUCCUUGUUUUACCUUCAUAAGCUAUUUUAAGUUCUCUCAUUCUAAAAUUAAAGAAGUCAAUAUUAAAACAAUGACAUAUUUCAGUAAUAUAUCAAUAAUACUAACUGUGCCUUAAAAGUUAAAAAAUGUUUGCUUCAAUCAGGCUUUAUGUGCUUUAAGGUUAUAAAAAUGUGUGUAAAUUCAGACCCACAAGGAUAUGUCCCACACAGAAGGGCACAGUAUUGGUCCUGGAGUUCCAAGGGUAGAGCAGUACCUGUUGAAAUACUUCUCAAAUAUAACAAAUCAUAUUUACUGAUCUGAGCCUCAUUCUUGGAAUUAUGGCUGAUACCUAGUGGUACCAUCUGACUGUCUAUGUGGUGGCCAGGAUAUACUAAAAUUUAGUGCUAAGUUACUUAUUAAAUGUGGGAGAUGCGCUUAGGAUAGAAUUGGUGUAACCUAUUGCCGACUUCAAUAUUCUCCUUAAUAUUUUGAGAAUAGAUGAAGCAAAUGCAGAAUAUCAAUUAAUUGUCUUUCUGAUUAAUAUUAAAUAUUUUCCAUAAAUUGAGUUAUAAUCUUGCUCAUUUGGAAUAAAGAUCUUUCUUGCACAAAACAUAGAAUAAUGUUCUAAUGUAUUUGGGUUAGGAUUGGUUGUCAUGCUGAAAUCAGAGGUUUUAAGAGAAAAAGGACAUAGAAUUAACUUUUAUGGGUAAAUAUUAGUUAACAUGUUAUUAACUAAAAGUCACUUAGGAUUAACUGCAUUUGAUUAUAUAGUUGUCAUUGAUUAACUAUAUUUGAUUAUAUUUAGUGAUGUGAGCAUAAUCAGUGGAGUCUGGCUUGGAAAUAAAAUGUAGAUUAGUGAUUUUAAGACUGAAUUUCAAACAGCAAUAAAGUUCACAUGACACAUACACAAAAUGGACAGGAGAUGUAGAUUUGUCAACUUUUUAUUUUUCCCAUGUAUAUAUAUCAAAUUUAAAUGAAACAAAACCUGUCAUUUCAUGCCAUUAUUUCAUAAAGCAAAUGACAUUUUAAUAUAAAAAAGAUAAUCUCAUAGAGGAAACUAUGCUUUAAAUUUAAAAUACAUAUAGU